AUGCUUCUUCGCUACGGGUUGAACUGCUUGGCGCUGUGGACGUACUACACCGGCUUGCAUGCGUUGCUUGUGCGAGACGAUUCGCUCAUUGCGCGGUCGUACAGCGGUCAUUUACAGUUUUUGACCAUCCUCGGGCUCUGCUUGUCGUUCAUUGGCGAAGCGGUGUCCCUGGUGGCCCAGUUGUCCCAGCUGCGGUCUUUUCGUCGUCUUUCCAGCUGGCUUUUGCAAGUAUGUGCUCCAAUUGAGUGCCUGAUCUCGGCCCUGUACUGGGCGUUGCGCUUUGUCGACACCGAUUUGGUCCUGGACCCGAAGUUUGCUCUUGAGCUCAAUCCUUCUCUGGACCGCAAACUCCACCUCUAUCCUGCCCUGUUCGAGGUCCUGCGGGCCGUCAUGGCUCCUCCCGACCUGUGGCAUGCUGGCUUUGUCGGUCCCUUUGCCGUGUUCGGCGCCCUGGCCGGCGGGUACUGGGCCUGGAUCGACCAUGUGUUUUCCCACAACAAUUUCUACCCCUAUCCGCUGUUUGAGGUGCUAAACUUCGAGCAGCGAGUGGGCCUGUUCGCUUUCAGUGCUUUCGUGCUGGUGGUUAUUUACAAGCUCAUCCAACGGGCACAGUACUCGGUGCACUAG